AUGGCAACUACCGCGUCCAGCACAAAAGGCAAGCACGUUGGGCCCACCUCCUUAAAAAUGACAAACCCCCCUCGGACAGGACGACCUCCUAGCAGAUCUUCUCUUCAAUCUUCUCUGUCCCUGCGGACCGUGCUGGGCACAACGACAACCACUCCCAAUGGGUUCUCCAGCCAUGACCAGAGCAAGACCUUUGCUCUGUGUGCAGGAUCAGCCGCGGUAUUGGCAGAGCUGGAUGAUGAUGGCAACAUCAGCCAACGUUUCUUCAGAGCUCGCCCAUCAGCUACCAGUAUGAAUCCAGUCACUUCCUUCUACAAUCAAUCCACCCCUCCUUCAACUCCCGAUCCUCGAUUACGAUCGCUGUCCCAUAAUCGCUCGAAUCCACACUUAAACGUCAACAAUGCAUCCCCUCAUAGUGACUUGUCAUCGAGGGAAAGAGUCAAAGCGGUCACCAGCGUCUCCAUCAGUCCGAAUGGCCGGUUUCUUGCCGUAGGAGAGACUGGCUAUAACCCACGCGUUAUGAUAUUUUCCACUGCGAAAGAUGCUCUCCCAGAUGCACCCCUUUCCAUCCUCAGCGAGCACACGUUUGGUGUCUGCGGCCUGGCGUUUACCCCCGACUCACAAUAUCUGGCGACGCUAGGCAACGCAAACGAUGGCUUUUUAUUCAUUUGGUCCAUUAACCUCAAAAACGGUUCCGCAAAGCUUCACUCGACCAAUAAAUGUACAUCGUUUGUUCGUGACAUGUGCUGGGUUGGCCAAGCUUUGGUCACCACCGGUGUGCGCCACGUGAAAGUCUGGAGGCUCCCAACUGUGCGACCAGUCUCGCCCACCAAGACUCGAUUGACUUUGGAGGGUCCACCGCUUUCUCCCAACUCGGCUCCAAGGGCUCUUUCAGGAAGAAAUUGCAUUCUGGGCACAUUGGGUGGAGAUACCUUUAGCUGCGUGAGCAGCAUAUCUGAUCAAGAGGCUGUAAUUGCCACGGAAACCGGUGCCGUCUGCCUGCUCGAUGAUCGAGAAGGUGCUCAAAAAUUGACGAUAGUGAUGCAUGCUGGGUUCGGCAUUACAUCACUGGCAGUCGACUUUGACCGCGAGGUGAUUUGGCUAGGAGGUCGUGGAAGAAAGAUGCAAAGUCUCUCGUUUGAAUACCUUCGUCAAUCCACCUCUAAUCCACCUUCACCGCGGUUGUUGAAAGUCGCGACAGAAAAGAAAAGCAAGGACCCUGCGACGACCUGUAUGGGUUCUCUUGGCUCGCAUCUGGUCACUGUGGAGGCAACCAAGGAGAUUCAUAUUUAUCCCAUGGAUACACUGAGAGAUGAGGGUGAACAAGAUCAGGGCGAAACUUUGAUGUCAGCGCAUCGAGAUCCGGUUCUCGGUCUUGGUCGUCUUCCGAAACCCAACGAUUUCUCAGCAGAUUUUUUCUCGUGGUCUCGCAACGGCUCUGUCAAUUUCUGGGACGCUCAAGGCAAAUGCACCAUUUCCCAAACAGUGCCCGUUGAGGAGCACCCAGGCACCGACGAGGAUGCGGCAAAUGAGCUGAAAGUUAUAAGAGCAGCAGAAGAUGCAUCUUGGUUUGUCUCAGGAGACAAGCUUGGUGUAUUAAGGCUUCAUUCAAGUGGACCUUGGGCUUGUAUCAAAGAGGCGCGCGCUCACGCGGCGGAAAUCACCGACAUUGCCAUAAGUUCUUCGUCUGAUUCUUGCCUCGUAGCCACCUGUGGACGUGAUCGCACGGUGCAGCUGUUCCAGAAGACGGACGAAUCAUUGGACCUGAUACAAACCAUGGAUGAGCAUGUCGGUGCAGUUGGUCAAGUAUUUUUCAUGCAUGACGGUGAGAGAUUGCUCUCAAGCUCUGCCGAUCGUACUGUUCUUGUUCGAGAGCGUGCAACUCGCGAGGAGGAUGGCGGAACUUGCCUGGCAUAUCUCGCAGCCAGAGUGAUCACGUUAAAGGCAUCUCCAGUCUCAAUCACUUUCUGCCCUGAUGAUUCAGACACGAUUUACUUGUCUACUAUGGAUCGAACUAUUUCCAAAUACGACGUUCCUUCUGGGAAAAAUCUUUAUUGCUUUAAAUCAUCUGAUCCUGAGGCAAAUGAUGCAGUCAUUAUGAGUUCUUUGACGGUCAUCUCUGAGGUCCCAGGCCAAAGUCCCAAACUCCUUGUUGGCGUAUCUAGCACCGACAAGUCCAUUCGUGUGUACGAUCUUGAGAGAGAUCAGUUGAUCGCAGGGGAGUUUGGUCACACCGAUGGGGUUAGCGAUUCGCUAGUUUUGGAGGAGCCAGAUGAGUCCGAUAAGGCAAUCACUAAGCGGACUCUGAUAUCUGCAGGUUUGGAUGGUAUACUCAUGAUUUGGAAUUUAUCGGUUCAGCCACAACCGUCUCCAGAUCUGGUGCAGGCUGGUGAAGAUGAAUCUUCUGGUGUGGAAACUUCAGCUAAGCUACCUCUUCGGAAGGUCCUUUCGCGAAGCGAGCUGGCUGGCUUUCAUCGUCCCGAGCAUCCUCUUGGAUCACCUACUUUUUCACGAGAAUUAUCCCCAACCUUAACGAAAAAGUUGUCCAAAUUAUCCUUGACAUCAUCUUCUCUCAAGAACCAACCUCAUACGGGUACACCAUCUCCGAAUCGUCUUUCGCCCACUUCGUAUGCACACGAACGAGGCGGCAGAUCUCCCUCACCUGGGGCCGUGAGUCCUAAAUGGAAACCACACCUUCCUCGAAAGCACAGUAGUUCAAGGAACCUUAAUCGACGCGCAUCUCAAGAUUACAGAUCCCGUGGUACUCGGCAUGAACAUGGCGGUCUAGAGUCGUCUUCGGAGCAGCUCUGCCGGACUCUGCGAACAUAUCGAAAGAAGCUCGUUGGAUCAAGUGAACAACUGCACGCACACAAAGAGCUUGAGCGAGAGUUAAGCCUCACGCUACGUGCUGUGAAUGCGCAUAUACUAAGUGACGAGAGUCCCGAGACUGAAACGGACAGUAGCGGAAAAGAUAUAGAGCGCAAGCCAAGCUACUCAUCAAUUUCAUCACGCUCCCCGCGCCCUCAUCGUGUGCCCUCGACUCCUUCGUUGCGCCACACGAGCUUGCGAGGGCAUUUGCGUACCCCUUCUUAUGAUGGGAACAGCGAACAAUCAUGA